AUGUUUCGUAAGAUUGUGUCUGGAGAUGGGUUUACUUGUGGUGUUACUAAAGAUGGAGAGUUGGUUUGUUGGGGACCAAAGUCAAACGGUUUGGGUCUCUCCGACAAGGGAGAAGAAGUGUUCGAGGUUUUAGCUUCAGGGAGAAACUCACUUUGUGGUGUCUCUAAAGAGUCUGGUCAGCUUCAAUGCUUUGGAGAUGAAACAGAGUUUGGAGAUGAAGUACCAAACCGGGUCCGGUUUAUUUCUCUUUCAGCUGGUGCUAAUCAUUAUUGUGGUAUCAGAGAGGAUGAUCAUGGAGUUGCGUGUUGGGGAAGAAACGUGAAUUCCUCCUCUUCAGCUCCUAAUACUUCAGGCUUUGUAGCGAUUUCGUCUUCGGAUUCGACGACUUGUGGUGUUAGAGAGCUUGAUUUGGUUCUUGAUUGCUGGAGAGUUCAUGAUUCCACUAAACCGGAUUAUAGUCCUCCCUUGGAGCUAUGCAGCCCCGGGGUGUGUUCUCCUCGAGGUAACUGUGGUGAUGGUUGGUUUGCUUUCAACGCAAGUAUCUUGAAAGAGUCUGAGCUUACUAGCUUGUGCUCGUUUCAUGACCUAAACAUUUGUUUACGCUGCGGGGUUGAUUGCUUGGAGGGUUACUUCCCUUCGAGUGGUUGUAACCCUAACGCGGAUAGGGUAUGCACUCCUUGUUCGUUAUGUCAGAACAGUUCUUGCUACGGUGUUUGUAAGAUCCCUGGUGAGAAAUCGAGGAAGCAUGAGCAGAGAGAGGUGAGGAGACUUGUGAUUAUCAUUGGGGUCUCUGUUUUAGGGUUCUUGGUUAUGUUGGUUGGUCUAUCUUUCAUUCCGAGGAUGACUAAAGGUAGUAAAAGAGAUGAUGAAGAGAGGAGUAAGAUGACUUGUUGCUUUUGUUUCGACAAGAACUCUGUCGAAGCUGAUCCUGAUCCUCUUCCUCAGACGGGUCUUCUCCCAAGCGCUGUCUCCUUGGGAGAGACAAAGAUCUUCCGUUUGUCUGAAUUGAAAGACGCUACUCACGGGUUUAAAGAGUUUAGUGAGCUAGGAAGAGGUAGCUUCGGGUUUGUCUACAAGGCUGUUUUAUCUGAUGGUGUUCAAGUCGCGGUCAAAAGAGCCAACGCUGCAACCAUCAUACAUUCUAAUAACCGAGACUUCGAGUCAGAGUUAGAGAUUCUUUGCAAGAUCAGACAUAACAACAUUGUAAAUCUUUUGGGAUACUGCGCGGAGAUGGGUGAAAGGCUUUUGGUUUAUGAGUACAUGCCGCACGGUACGCUCCAUGAUCAUCUCCAUGGAGAUCUUUCUCAACUAGAUUGGAGCAUGAGGUUGAAGAUUAUGUUGCAAGCUGCAAGAGGGCUUGAUUACUUACACAAUGAAGUUGAUCCUCCGGUGAUUCAUAGAGAUGUGAAGACGUCUAACAUCUUGUUGGACGGUGAGAUGUGUGCAAGAAUUGCGGAUUUUGGAUUGGUUAGCUCUAGUGAAAGAGACUCAAGCAAGAGUGAUAGAGAAGGUGAUGUGUAUGACUUUGGUAUUGUUCUUCUUGAGAUGCUAAGUGGGAGGAAAGCUAACGAUAGAGAGUCUGAUCCUCACGGGGUUGCGGAAUGGGCUGUUCCUUUGAUCAGGAAAGGUAAAGCGGCUGCGAUUAUCGAUAGGAACAUUGGUCUACCUAGAAAUGUUGAGCCGUUGCUUAAGUUGGCUGAGUUAGCUGAGCUUGCUGUGAGGGAGAAUCCUAACGAGAGGCCAAGUAUGAGAAAUCUAUUGAGUUUUCUUGAUCUUAUUGUCAAGACUGGACUCACUUUUUAAUUUGUACAAGCUUUUACCAAAUGUGAAUUAUUAUAUUUUCAGCCUUGUUUUCUUUUCUUAUGUUACGAAAUUGUACAAUUAUUGGUUAAUCAAAGUAAUAAACUGAC